ACAGAAAAAAGGCGCUUCCCGACCUCUCGCGUGAGGAAGUAGGGUCCAUAAUACAAAGGCAGGAAAACGAACGUGCGCAGCGCAAGGGUCGCCGGCGGUGCGGCGAGGGCUUGCUGCGACCUUGGUUCAACGAGCGGACUUGCGAUGCCGCUCGCCGGCGGCGGAUGCUGGCUGCUGCAAGCCGGACGGCGAGUGCGGCGGGCGGCUGUUCGUGCGUGCCAACGGCGAGGAUGCUGCGUCGUUCGCGCCGCGGGCGGUGCUUCCACGGAGAGGGGAGACGAGCAUGAUCCGUCACACGACGACGGCGUACGGGCGUCGCAUCUGACGGCCGCGGAGCUGGCAGCCCUUCGGCGCCUCCCGCCAGGACAGGCUCCCGCCGCGCGCCGCACACCGACGGCCACCUCGGUGGUCGACGGCCAGCCGCCGCGUGCUCCCGUCGGGUCCAACCGCCGCGGCCUUCACACGCCCAGGACCAGGUGCGGCGAAGACUGUUGCUCCCGCCUCAACUACGAUCAAAACGUGGCCGCGAGGGACGGCCAAGGAGCCUACGUCCGCCGCCGCCGCCAAAACUACGGCACAUAUGCUGCUGCUGGGUUGGAUAGCGAUUGCAGCCGCGUCCAAGAACUGAGUCGCCAAUACCGCCACAUACGUCCGACCGGGUGGGACGACGACGAUGGUUAUCGCGGCGCCCGCAUAUCGGAUCGGUCGACAAUACCACAACAAAAUUCUGGCCGAGUGGGAUGGCAACGGCCGGCGCGCCCGCUUAUCCGAGAACCAACACCAUGACAAAUAUGCGACUACAUAGGAUGGCGAUGGCUCUUGUAUCCGUGUAUUCAAAAGUGCUAUUGUCAAAGUAUUGAAUUUGAGAGCAUGAUGUUAAUUUGUACAACACUCGUAUUGAAUUGAUCCAAGUUGUUUGUUAUACUUA